AUGCCGAUACAAUUAUUGCCUGCCUCGGCAGCCGCCUUUGCGCCGCGCUCGACCGUCAACAUUGUUCUCAGCUCAAAAGUGGAGCCGUGGUUAACACAGACGCUGAAGAGGAUAAAUCGGGUUAAGCGACCGCUCAAUAGCGUCCAGCAACAUACGCGAUGUCUCACCGAAACCCUGUCGGGCUCCAAUGCCAUCUGGUCGCUGUGCUCAAUAAUGGUGCCAAAGGCGCCGGAUUCGGAACUGCGCAAGGAUGCCAACCCGCUUGUCGAGGCCAUCUUCAACUACCAGGUCAUCCACAUCGAGGCGUACGUCGUGCACGUUGACAUGGUCUCACAGCAUGAGGUUGCAUUCAAGCUCACGCCCGAAACCAUCGAGGCGCUUACCGAGUACCACAAGGACAUCUACUCGGUCGACGUCUCCGCUAACACCUGGAACUGGCCCGAGAAGGAGGCACAGCUCAAGAAGCUGCAGGACGAGUUCAUCCAGGCUGUCAACCGCUACGUGUUCCGCGCCGGAGCACGCGCACUCGAGGGCAUGGAAGAGGAAGGAGCGGGAGAGCUUCUUGAGGGCCGAGGUGAGGACGUCAAGGGCGCCAUUAUGGGGCUGUUCCACCCGCUUCUUCCUCCUCCACCCAGGAUUGUUGACGUGGUUCGGCCGGCUCCGCUCCUGCCGAGCUCGUCAGGUGCCACGAACUGGUGGCCCUCGCACGUACUACAGUCACAACCGGCGCCUGUCGAGUCCUGGAGAGCGCUGUCGUCGACGCCAAGCCCGACCAUCACUACCUGCGGGGAAACCUCUCCAUCGUUCUGGAGCACCAUGGGCAUGGAGAACGUGCAGUUGCCGUCGCCGACACCUUCGUACAGCUCACCGUCCUACAGCUCGCCUUCCUACAGCCAGCCAUUCAACACCACGAGUCAGUACUACAGCCCGCCCCAGGCAGUCGCUCCGAUACCUGCUCUCCCGCUGCCUAGUGUGCUUGCCCAGCAGUGCGGGUCAAGCGCCGUGCACAGCGGAUACAGCAGUGGAUUCGGAUGGGAGACUGGAUUUGCACCACAGUACGCCGCCUUCACGUAA